UACAUGCGGUGAGCUCCGGCAAACGCAUGCGGAAGGCGACUCCAUGUACGCGGCAGAGCCUAGCGCCAUGCCACGUACGGAAAUCGAAGAUGCGGAUGUUUUCAGAUAAAAUAACCAUACUGCGUGUAUACAUCUAUAAAAACGACAGUUGUAUAACCUAAAAUAAACGGAUACACAAUAUUUUUCCUUUUUGAAAUAAACGAUUGAUCUUAUUUAUAAACAUUUACUUUGAGUGACAAUAGUUGAAAUAAAAUAAUAAAGUUGGAAUAAGUAAUAAAAAAAUAUAAUCAAAAUAAAUAAUAAAAUCAAAAUGAAUUGCAAUGACAAACUUGUCUUGCUAUUGUUGCUACGAAGAAGGCGAAGACGACAAGAAAGGCAACAAAUUAAUCGGAGAACACCUCGAUGGUGGGUUCAUCCUAUAAUAGAGGAACGAUAUUUUCAAGGUGCUUACAAUAACCUUGUGCUUGAACUUCGACUUGACACAGAGCGUUUUUUCAAUUUUCAUCGCAUGUCACCUCUUCAAUUUGAUCAAUUAUUAGCAAUGGUAGAACCUAUUAUUACAAAAGUACACUGCACAAGAGAACCGUUGCAUCCAGGACUGCGAUUAUCAUUAACGUUGCGAUACCUUGCAUCUGGAGAUAGUAUGGCGAGUCUACAUUAUCUGUACCGCAUAGGUAAAUCUACUGUGCCAAAAAUAAUUGUCGAAACAACGGAAGCGCUUUGGCUGACACUACAGCCUCAAGUACUUCCUCCACCAACUGUACAAACAUGGGCUAAAAUUGCAGAAGAUUUUGAAAAUAAAUGGAAUUUUCCAAAUUGUAUCGGAGCAAUUGAUGGAAAACAUGUUACUGCACAAUGUUUCAAAAAUACGGGAUCAGCUUUUUACAAUUACAAAGGCACAUACAGUACUGUUUUAAUGGGAGUUUGUGAUGCUGAUCUUCGCUUUACAUAUGUUAGCAUCGGUUCUGCUGGUAGAGAAAGCGACGGAGGUAUUUUUCAAAGUCUAGAUUUUGGAAGAUGCAUCGAAACAGAAACACUGCCAUUACCUCCACCUAAAGUCUUACCGGGUACAAAUACUUGCCUUCCCGCAGUAUUUGUUGGUGAUGCAGCGUUCCCGUUAUUGAAGAAUUUGAUGCGACCAUACCCUGGUGCUAACUUGAGUCCAGAAAAAAUUAUUUUUAAUUAUCGCUUGAGCAGAGCAAGACGUGUAAUCGAAAAUACAUUUGGGGUAAUGUCAGCCAGGUGGAGAAUAUUUCGACGACCAAUUGUUGCGUCACUUUCAACUGUAGAUAGCAUAGUUAAAAGUUGUGUGGUGCUGCACAAUUGGCUUCGAGAUGCGGAGCUGAAAGUUUUGCCUGGUCAGAGAAGAUAUGUUCCAGUAGGAUUUAUAGAUGUAGAAGAUCACUAUGGAAAUGUACAAGCUGGUCAAUGGCGAAACGGAGAACCACUUGGUGCACUUCAAGGUUUUGCACCAAAUGUAUCAAGAAACUCUGCAAAUGACGCCAAAAUAAUUCGAAAUAUCUACACAGACUAUUUUAUGAAGGAAGGUCACGUACUUUGGCAGUGGAAUAAGCUACCUGACUUUCAACGGGAAGCGUAUAUGCAACAGGCAGAAGGUUGGGUCUGAUUUUGUUGAGAAUGGCUAUCAGAAUAGCUCUCAGAAUGAGGCGACAUGCUCGGAGGUCGAGAUUGAGCUCUUGGAGG